GAAGCUCGAAGCGGGUUUCUCAUUCUCAGUCAACUUUCAAACGUUGCGGAUAACCGCUGUAAAAUUUCGCUUUCGUUGGGUUCCUGUCUGUCUGCAUAUACAGUGUGUUUCCGUAACAACCGCCAUGGCUACUCUGACCCGAUCAAACUCCAGAGUGAAUUCUCCAAUAUACAAAGACUACGUCAACUUCCUUGCCAGCUACAAAAACGGAAAAAAAGAAGACGAAAACGCCGGUAACAGUGUCGAAGUGAAAAACUUUCCCCUAUCGAAUUCUAGCAACAACACAUCGUCGUCGUCACUCAGCUCAGACGUGCCGGAUUUUUCGAAAAACUCAUGCACCCCCUUUAACACGUACUUGGAAAAUUCCAAGAGCAAGAAAUUCAGUUCGGUGAAGCCCGCCUUCGAGGAAAAAGACAAGUCGAAGGAGGAAGCGAAGCCACAGGAAGAGAAAAAGGAGAAGAUGAAAAGCGAAAUUUUCAUCGAAAUCCAGCCCACUAAAUCCGUAAGCGAAGUCUCCAAGAUGUUCGAAAACCCACAAGAGCGAAAAUCGCCACCUAGAUGCAACAAAAUCAACUCGAAAAUCAGCCUGUUCGAAAAACAAGUCUCCGUGGAGAAACCCAAACUUGCCGCCAAACCCUCCUUCAGCAAAUCGCCGCCCCCAAAAAUCGACAUUUACAAAGACGCGAAAGUCGAUACGGAAAAAGAGACAAUGUCGCCACUAAAAGUCGAUACGCCGCCCCCGAUUGCCAUGUCGAAGUCGGAAAGCGAGAAAAACGUGCCGCCGCCCCCGCCGAUGCCGACGGCCGCGCCUCCGAAGCCGGUCAUGAACGGAAGCGCGCCGCUAAUGGGUCAGAAGUCGCCGAGCAGCCCGAACUCGUCACCGCCGCCGCCACCGCCGCCCCCGGUUAACCUGUCGCAGCCGCCUAAACUGCAAGCCACGCUUACCCGGGGUCCGCAGACUAAGUACACCGUGACUAACCCCAACGGCGGUGUUCCUGUCGAAAUCGACAGGAACAACCCGUUGGUCAAAAAGCUGGUGUAUGGGACUCUGAGGGGUCUGUAUGGGGCGUACCAUGACAAAGCCAACGAUAUGUUGGCGACCUUGCCCAAAAACAUGGUCGUGAGGAGCAACGGAGUCCAAGACAGAAUCGAGCAAAUAGCGGCUAAUGGUGACUUGGAUAAACUCAACGGGAGAGUAAACCCCAAACUAGAGCAAGAAUGAACCUUCCAUGAAGUUUUGUAAAUAUGUAGUUCUAGGAUCUGUACAUAGUUUAUAUUUAGAAUUUUUGUAUCUUAGCACUAAUUAUACUUAUUUUCCAAA